UUGACAGUCGGUAGCCACGGUAGCUUGCCUCACGCUAAUUUUUUCUUGCCACUGGCCAGUAUAGGUGACAAAAACGCUUAAUGUUAAAGUAAACUAUUUAGCCAGUCUUGAGAGUCAGCGUGACCGUCUAUACAGGGCAGGGCAAUUGUGCAGUUAGAUUAGCGAAUUAGCACUGCUAACUUAGUAGCUAGCGAAUUCACACUUUGAUUUCUAUGGUCUGCAUUGCAUCGUCUGUGAUUUGGCGUUCGUUGCUUUGCCCUGCCGUGUUCAGGCUGACUGGAUUGAUUUGCCGUUUACACCCCUCUUCUCAACCUGUGUGGAUUCAUUUUGACGAGGUGCCCAUGUGCUGAUUCCUUAGGCCCAUCCAUUACUGCAGAUGAAUCUUCAGCUGCUUUGGCGUAGCUCAGCACCCAGAUAGUCCCAUCCCCUUUGCGUGGGUGAUACGGGACUACAUUAACCAGGAUGCCCUCCUCUGUAAGGGCAGGGAGCCUGAAGGAUCCGGAGGUGGCUGAGCUUUUCUUCAAAGAAGACCCAGAGAAGCUUUUCUCAGACCUCCGAGAGAUUGGCCAUGGCAGCUUUGGCGCCGUCUACUUUGCACGGGAUGUGCGCACAAAUGAGGUGGUGGCAAUUAAAAAGAUGUCCUACAGCGGCAAACAGUCUAAUGAGAAAUGGCAGGACAUUAUAAAGGAGGUAAAGUUUCUCCAGAGGAUCCGGCACCCCAACAGUAUAGAAUACAAAGGCUGUUACCUCCGUGAGCACACAGCAUGGCUGGUGAUGGAGUACUGUCUGGGCUCAGCCUCUGAUCUGCUAGAAGUUCAUAAAAAGCCUCUACAAGAAGUAGAGAUUGCUGCCAUUACACAUGGUGCUCUGCAGGGGUUGGCGUACCUUCAUUCCCACAAUAUGAUCCACAGGGAUGUGAAGGCAGGAAACAUCCUGCUGACUGAGCCGGGGCAGGUCAAACUGGCAGACUUUGGCUCUGCCUCCAUCGCUUCACCUGCCAACUCCUUUGUGGGAACGCCAUAUUGGAUGGCCCCGGAGGUGAUUCUAGCUAUGGACGAGGGCCAGUAUGACGGGAAGGUGGAUGUCUGGUCCUUGGGGAUCACUUGUAUAGAAUUAGCGGAGAGGAAGCCUCCCUUGUUUAACAUGAAUGCAAUGAGUGCCUUAUACCACAUAGCGCAGAACGAGAGCCCCACGCUGCAAUCUAGUGAAUGGACGGAUUACUUUAGAAACUUUAUCGAUUCUUGCCUUCAGAAAAUCCCCCAGGACAGGCCGCACUCUGAUGACAUGCUGGGCCACGCGUUUCUGCAGCGUGAACGUCCAGACUCCGUGCUGAUGGAUCUUAUUCAGAGGACCAAGGAUGCAGUGCGAGAGCUGGAUAACCUGCAGUACCGCAAGAUGAAGAAGAUCCUCCUUCAGGAGGCCCACAACGGACCCACAGCAGAAACCCAGGAUGGAGAUGAGGAGCUGGAGCCUGGGGGAGGUCGGACCGGAACGGUGAACAGUGUGGGCAGUAAUCAGUCCAUCCCUAGCAUGUCCAUCAGCGCCAGCUCCCAGAGCAGCUCUGUCAACAGUCUGAACGAAGCGGCCCAGGACAGCCGCAGCGAGCUGGAUCUGAUGGAGGGAGACCACACUGUCAUGUCCAACAGCUCCGUCAUACACCUCAAACCGGAGGAAGAGGAGAGUUUCUCUGGGGAGCAGGCAGCCAGCAGUCAACCCUCUGAGCCCCAGGCAACACCAGCUCAGGCUCCGAGGAAGCACUACCGCAACAGAGAGCAUUUUGCCACCAUACGCACGGCGUCACUUGUGACCCGCGAGAUGCAGGAACACGAGCAGGACUCCGAGCUACGGGAGCAAAUGUCAGGAUACAAACGCAUGAGACGGCAACAUCAGAAGCACCUGAUGGCCCUGGAGAACAAGCUGAAAGGGGAGAUGGAUGAGCACCGCCUGAGGCUGGACAAAGAGCUGGAGAGUCAGAGAAGCAACUUCACCCAGGAGAUGGAGAAGCUGCUUAAAAAACACCAGGCAGCCCUGGAGAAAGAUCUGAAGACAUUUACCAAUGAUGAGAAGAAGUUCCAGCAGCACAUCCAGGUGCAGCAGAAGAAGGAGCUCAGCAGCUUCCUGGAGUCACAGAAGCGGGAGUAUAAACUACGCAAGGAGCAGCUCAAAGAGGAACUGAGCGAGAACCAGUCAACUCCCAAGAAGGAGAAGCAAGAGUGGCUGUCCAAGCAGAAAGAGAACAUCCAGCACUUCCAGGCUGAGGAGGAGGCCAACUUGCUGAGGAGACAGAGGCAGUACCUGGAGCUGGAGUGUCGGAGGUUCAAACGCAGGAUCCUCAUUGCCAGACACAAUGUGGAGCAGGAUCUGGCCAGAGAGGAGCUGAACAAACGGCAGACACAGAAGGACCUGGAGCACGCCAUGCUGCUCAGGCAUCACGAGUCGAUGCAGGAGCUGGAGUUCAGGCACCUGGGGACGAUCCAGAAGGCACGGGCAGAGCUGAUCCGGACCCAGCACCAGACAGAGCUCACCAACCAGCUGGAAUACAAUAAGAGGAGGGAGAGGGAGCUGAGGCGCAAGCAUGUCAUGGAAGUCCGACAGCAGCCGAAGAGCCUCAAGUCAAAGGAGCUUCAGAUUAAGAAGCAGUUCCAGGAGACUUGCAAAACCCAGACCAGGCAGUACAAGGCCCUCAGGAACCAUCUGCUGGAGACCACGCCCAAGUCUGACCACAAGGCCGUGCUGAAGAGGCUGAAGGAGGAGCAGACCAGGAAGCUGGCCAUCCUGGCCGAGCAGUACGACCACUCCAUCAAUGAAAUGCUCUCCACGCAGGCUCUGCGGUUAGAUGAAGCUCAAGAGGGCGAGUGUCAGGUCCUGAGGAUGCAGCUGCAACAGGAGCUGGAGCUGCUCAACGCGUACCAGAGCAAGAUCAAGAUGCAAACAGACGCUCAGCACGACAAGGAGAGGAGGGAGCUGGAGCAGAGGGUCUCUCUGCGGAGGGCUCUGCUGGAGCAGAAAAUUGAGGAGGAAAUGCUGGCCCUGCAGAACGAACGCCUGGAAAGAAUCCGCUCACUGCUGGAGCGCCAGGCCCGAGAGAUCGAGGCUUUUGACUCGGAGUCCAUGCGGCUGGGCUUUAGCAACAUGGUGCUCACUAACCUGGCUCCCGACUCCCAGGGAGGCUGGGGCGGAGGAGGUGGGGGAGGCCAGGGGGCUCAGGGGGGAGGCCACUGGCCCGGAGGAGGUGGAGGAGGAGGCCACCAUAGUCAUCACCACCAGGGGGGCUCCAGCUCACAGCAGCCCUGGGGUCACCCCAUGCUGGCUGGGGGCCCGCCACCCUGGAGCCUCCACCACCCCGGAGGAGGGAGUCAGAGGGGGAGCGGGGGCGGCGUGGGAGGGGUGAGGAACAGCCCACAGGCUAUGAGGAGGACGUCAUCAGGGGGGAGGAGUGAACAGGGCAUGAGCAGGAGCGCCAGCAUCACCUCUCAGAUAUCCAACGGAUCCCACCUGUCGUACACCUAGAACACACACACACACACACAGACAAACACACACACACACGAGCAACACAGUAAUUGUCUUAAAGUAAAAUUCUUGUGCACCAAUGUAACACUGUACACAGACACACACCAUGCAUGCACCACACAUGCUUCACAUACACUUGUUGCAAUCUCCCACAGUAUGUCUGACACACACUGCACAGUACAGAGACUGGGUUUACCUCAUCCCAGUGUCUCUUCCAUCACUACUGUUCUCUUACACCAGUGUACUGCUAGCAGCAGUCUGUGGAAACCCAACAGUCUUGAGACUAAUCCAAGAUGGCUGAGGGCCACAUACAGUAUGCCAUAACGCAGUAGUGUCAUUUUUACGGUAGCCUAGAGUGCUAUUUUAUGUGUUCAUAUUUGCAAUGUUAGUCUCUGUUGCCAUAGAUACAAAGUAGUGUAUAAAUAUUAUCUACCAUGGAGUUUAUGAUAAAGAGUUGUUUAUUUGCAGUAUGCUGUUUUAUAUGCUGUUUUGUGGUAGCACGAUAAGGUGCAUUAUGGGAAAAUUUGCACAGUGUGUGCAGUUUUUAAAACAACUAUAAAUAUUUGUCCUUGUGCAAAUUCCUUCAAACCACUCACGGCUCAGAUUUAAGCAGAGAUAUCUUAAUGAUAGAAAGUUUAAUGAGAUUAUUGUUUAUGUGCAGUUUCAGGCAAAAGAGAAGGCAGCAGGUGAUGUAGGGUUCUGAUGUAAGAUUGAUGAUUGAAGAAUAAACCGUUUCAGGACAUGUUGGACAGAGUCUAGAAGGAAAAUGAAAAGAAGAAGAGAACAAAGGUUGUUGUAAGUGAGUACCAGUUGGUAUCUCUGACUUUAUAGAAGUAGUGCAGGGACAGCUACUGGAUAGCUAAAAGUAUGUAAUCUUUCAUUCCAGCCGAAGUGACUUAACUGAGAAGCUUAUCUUCCACCAGGGAGGCAGUCUAAGCAGUGAAAUCACCUGGUGCAGUGAUUUAAUGAAACAAUACUCUCAACGCCACACAGGUUUAACUUCCCUGGAAUUAGAGGUUACUGUGUACUACAGGCAGGGCUGCAAAGAUGCCAAAUGUAAGGGUGCAGAGUCGGAUGUGUCGUCGUGACUAUUCAUGCCAAUAUAUUGUUAUGUUUUUAAUGAGAUUGUGCCGGAGAUGUCCGUGGAAGUUCAGUUCAUACUCUGAGGCCAAGUAGAUGCAUCUUUUGCUGGACCGGAGGAGAGCAUGCUCAGCCUUAUUGGUUUAGCUCUUGGGUUUCCACAGACCUCUGCCCUUCACUCACACCUGCUCAGUGGACGGCCAGUUUGAGGGAUACUGAAGCCUUAUUAGUCCACAGCCCUCACGACAGGGAUGGGUUUUCAGCAGCACUCAACCUCUACUUGAAUAAUUUUCAAAACUGUGUGUUCACUUCUCACUUGUUUGCAGUAACUUCCUGGUCUAAUCUGGCUCUGUCUUAGUGAUGCACUAUGCAGUAAAAAAAAAAAAAAACUUUCUCUGACAAAUUGAACCAUGCCUGCUGGCCUACCUCAAGAACACUCAAGCUGAACUUCACCACAGGGUGUCGUGACUUGACAAUGACUUGCACUUUGGCACAGGCCUUUAUCCAAACUAAACGUUAAUCAGAUAUAUUGACACACACACACACAUACAUAACUACAGUAGUUAUUGUACAUUUUUUAUUCCCCAGUCAACCAAUAUGUCCCUUUGCACACUUGGAUGAUGAAUGCAUGUACAGGGUUAAAUUUUGUGAAAGUCAGAUUGGGACAUAAAAGUAAAAAAAAUAAAAUAAAAAAAUAAAAUAAAAAAGAUCAGAUUUUCUAAAAAGUAGUGCACUUAGUUGUUGGCUGUAAAUGAGCAAACACACUCAGCAGCAGGUAAAUUUUAGGUCACAAAAUCAUUUGUUUUUGGGGCAACUCUGUAGGUAACAUUGUCCCUCACAGUUGUCUAAAUAUGUCCCAGUGUGUUGUUUUUGACUUUAAAAAAAAAAAAGACCUUUUUAAAGGGGCAGAAGUAAAAUGAAUGAACACGUGGUGCGCGGAGGAGCUCCACUCGCCCUCUGCUGGUUGGUGACUGCUGAAUGUCUCAGUGGGUGGAUGGGUGGUGAUGCUGUGAUCUCCGCUGCCAUGCCCCUGCAACCUUCCCCGGUCUGACACCCCGCUCUGUCUCACCCCUGGUGACCCCAAUGUCAUGUUCUGACCACCGAUCUCCCUGCUUCCCUCCACCUCCCGUUUCCUCCCCCCCUGAGCCUGAUGUGGUCUUCACCCCCUCCCUGAUCUAUUUGCGUAGAGCUCUUCAAGUGAAAGUAA